CGGCUACCGUGGCGCCGUCGUCCGCGAGAUCGGGCCGCGCGCGAAAAGCUCGGAUCGCGUCGUACGAGGAUCCUUCCCUCUCAUCGGCGUUGAGAUCGUCGGAUAGAGAAGGAAAACGAGGGAACGGGCGUUGAAAAACUUCCGAGACGAGUCCUCGACUCGAAAACGCCGCGUUUCCUUCACCUUCUGGACGGCGUUACGUCACCGCGGGCCCACGUGACCGAGCUUCGCACGCUCGUGUUUUGUAUCUGCGACGCAGCAGAACGUUCACCUUUAAUUCGGAAGCUCCCCCGAGUCCCCGAGACUGCCAAGAACCGGAAGAUCGAGCCGUUUGAAGCGAGUCACCCGCGAGACGCCGACGAAUUAACGCGACGAGCGUCUCUCGAACGGCGUCCCGUCCAUCUCCCGAUGUUUCUUUGUUUUGUCGAUAAACCCGCACCACCUCGACGACAAUCACGGUCGACCGGGUGUCGACACGGUCUCGCUGCGACGAGACGUGUAUACGCGACUGAGCGACCAACCACGGCGUCUGCUACACCUGCGCCGCUUGGCGUGCGCGUGAUUUGUUGCCCUGCAACGGCUGUAACGUGUGACCUGCGACCUGCGAGCGACGCUUCGCUGUGCCUGCUUCGUCUGGAGGAAAAAUAGUGGGAUGAGGAGAGAUGGGUGUUCAACGUGUUCGUUAGAGCGGAAGGAAGAGAGACAUUCGUGCUUCUGUUCUGUCACGGUGACUCGUAGCUACGAGCGAGCAAGCGCUAAUGAAGUGGGGCGAUGACUCUGGGAUCUCGUUUCGUUUGACAAUAUCGUUAUAUUGUUAUAAUUGUUGCGCGACGCGCAAGGAGACUCUCUGAGGAUAGCAGCGGUACUUUGUCUUCUCGCUCAAUUGAGAGCUAGUGUGGGAGAGGCACAAAAGAGAAACGUUUGCUUUCGUUCGUCGAUUUUUCUUAUGAUGCAUUCGGUGUUGCUGUUUCAUAGUUCAACGUUGCAUGAUAGAACUUUUCGAGGACUCGGACCUUAUUCCUUUGGGCAUUUGUGAUUGUAGGAAUCUGUAUAUCAAUCAAAAGGCAGAUAAGAAGCAUACAUCUUCAUUCAUCAUGAGCGAAGGUGACGACUUGGAUAUUCUGGCCGAUAUCAAGGCUCUGGAUGAAGCUUUAGCCUUGUCCGCGAGAGAGAAACUGCAACAAUGUGUUAGCAACCAGCAAUCUGACGCGUCAUCGGACGCCGAGGACUCUAACAACGAUGACUACGUCAACUAUCUCUGCACGAAUCGGUAUAUCGACAAAUCUCUGAACGCUUACGAGAUUAAUACGAAGUUGAUCACGGGCUUGACAAUAACCAAGAGGAAAUUGACUGCAUUGUUGGCGGAGUGCGAGCAGAAAAUAAAGCUGUUGGACGAGAAAAUAACGAAGGCCAAGGAUGAGUCGAGCUACGGUAACAAAUUGACGAUCAUCAACGCCGGUAUGCCAUAUUUCAAGGACAAGAAUUACUUCAGCGCUCCCAAGAACUACGACACCAAGUUGAAGGAGGCCCGUGGCGAGUUGUUCCUGCCGUCUUUGAGCAGGACGUGCCGUUGGUCAGGAAAGGACAGAGAAACGCUUUUAAACGCCAUAAACAAUCAAGCUAUCGAAUCGGUACUGUGCGGAGAAUUCAACGAAGAGAUCGACGAUAAAACUAGAUUGGUGAUCCCCAGAAAUUUUAACGAGAUGGUGGGAGCGGUCGGCGAGAGAGAGUUCGACUGGUAUAAGAUCUCUGUCAUGGAUUUCGACAAUAGGCAUACACCGGUUGAAUGCCGAGCUAUGUGGAAUGUCUACCUGCAUCCCGAGUUCAGGAAGGACGAAUGGACGAGCGCGGAGGAUGGUGAACUACUGAAGUAUACGAGAGAAUUUAAGUGUCAAGAUUGGGACGCUAUUACGCGGAAGCUAGGGACAAAUCGUAGCGCGUAUCAAUGUUUCAUUAGAUAUAACACUAUUAAGAAAGUGCCGUCGUCCGGGCGUCCUUGGACCAAGCAGGAGGAUAGACAUAUCGCAAAAGUUAUAGAAGCGGUCCGCGUCGGUGACUACAUUCCCUGGUUCGAGCUCGCCAAUCACAUGCGGCACAGAACCAAGCAACAAAUUUACGUACGGUGGAUGUACAGGAAAUCGCCGCAUUUGAGAAAAGGUAGAUUCACCGUCGUGGAAACGUCGACUCUCAUGAAAGCGGUGCAGAGAUACGGCACGGACUUCCCUAAAAUUUCAAGCGCCGUAAUGCCGCAUCGAACCUCGAUACAACUCCAACAACGUUACCGCACGGUGUUGGAAAAAUGUUCAAAUCUAUGGACGGUCAACGAUGACGUGGCGUUAAUUAAUCUGUACAUAAAAUACAAUAACAAUUGGUCCAAGAUAGCCACGUAUUUUUCCGACAAGUCAAGAACACAAGUGCGACAUCGAUAUACCGCGUUACUGAAAUACGUACAGAAAGGUGUCAGUCUCGAAAGUAUACCUAGACCGUAUAUUAUGUUCCCCGGCAGGAAAAUAUCAAUAAAUAAUAAAAAUAAGAUGUCCAGUAGUACGUUAAAGAUGCACAAUAAACUCGCAUACAGGAAAUACUUACAGGACAGGCAACAACACACUGUACAGAUUUAUGAUAUUCAAUUAAGACUGUAUGAAACUUUUUGUCUGCCACUUUCAAUUAAAUGUAAUAAUUCUGAAGAACUUGACGAUACCGAACAGCUUGCGCGCGACACGAAAAAAUUAUACAACACAUUGACAUUGUUAAACGCCAAUCUUGAUAUGCCGGAUCUUAAUUUUCUGAGUUAUGUACAAUUGAAUAACAGAGAAAAACAAUAUUUAGUUUCUUUAAAAAAACACAUGAACGUGGUAAAUAACAGACUGCAGAAUGAUGAACUAAUAGAAAAAUUUAGAACGCAAAUGUUCGGUCACGCCUCAGAAGAUAGUGAAAAUGAUUUCUUUAUACCGCCACUUCCAUUUGAAGGAUACGUAAGAACACUAAAGACCAAAAAGAGAAAAAAUAAAAACACAUCUAUAGACUACGAUUUAGGUUUCAACGAAAAAUUUCUUAUUGAUAUCCCUACACAUUUCGCUGUAACUAACUCUAUACUUCCUUUUCUCAGUGUCGAGGAAGAGAUGCAAUUUUACAAAUUUGGUCAGUUUUUAAUAAGUGAUUACCAUGAUUGUGACCAACAAGAUGUGGAUUUAUAUAAAUCAUUGAAGUGCAUCUUCUCGUUUGCUAAAGAAAGCCCUUCAAGUAAAGCUUCACCGGAAUGUAGUAAACCGAAUGCGAGUUCAAAAACGGAUUUCGAAGAUCACGAACAAUCGAAUAAGUCGAAGGAAACUACCGGUGUUAAUGAAGACGCUGAAAAAGGGGACACGAGUAAUGUAAUUCUGCCGAAUCAAGCGACUUUAUUAGGUUGGAAGAAUUUGCUCCUUUGGAAAUUACUGUACGACUAUCAGAACGAAUCUGGUCAACAAUAUGAGUUCGGAAAUGAGCAAAACCCAGAACCAACAACGACAAAUUCUCGACCUGCGCAAACGGAGAGCGCCGAAUAUCAGCUACUGCGAACUCGCCUACUGCAAUUAUUUAAAUUUCCCAUUAGUUUGUCGAACACUAUAUUGCAAGUGCAAGGGCCAGAAACGAUAUUUGUAACAAAGUCGACCACAAAGCCGACUGUCGUUCCGACUGUCGUUCCGACUGUUUCAAGGAAAAGAAAACAUAAUAGUGCAAAGUCUGUGCUUAGUCUGCAACUAAAUAAAAAUGAUAGCUUAGACGUUCCGGCUGAUAGCGAUUCUCAACUCAAUUCAGGCGUUACAACGCAAAAGAAUUUUGAAGUAUGUAGCUGCAGAACGACUCGCAAAAAAUACAAAAUCACGAAAUAACGCUUAUUCUCGAGAUCUUCAAGUGAAUACGGAAUCAAUAUAGGAAGCAUUAAAGUUUAUUUGUCUGCAAACAUGGUACAUUUUUUUUACUUAACAUUUUCGUUUACAGUUUCUUUUAUAUUAAAGUAAAUGGGCGUAGAAAAAAAAAGACUAGCUUUUAUUUAUUACAAAUAUAAUCUGAAAAUAACUCGUAAUGUAUUACACAACUGUGAUAAUUAACAAUAGUGAUCUGGAAAGUUUAGAAUAUGUAUAUGUAUAUAUAUAUAUACAUAUGCAUGCGUACGAACACAUUAUCUAUAAUUUGUAAGUAGGAUAUAAAAUUACAUUUAUAGAUUUUACGAAGGCCAUAAGAACGGCUACUGACAAGUGUAGUUUAGACAAAUACGUGUAACGUAGAAAAAUGUUUUGUUUUUUUUUCUUUUUUAAACAAAUGCAUGUUUGUCGCGACCUAUUUACAACCUGUGUAAAUAAUAUCGAGAAACUUGUACUAUUUGUAAAAGACGUUAGAAAAAAUGUAGCAAUGAGGUUUAUAUAAGAAAAUAUGUUUUGUAUA